AUGGACACCAAACUCACAACAUCUAGUACCACAUCCGUGACUUUCAUGUCAGAAAUACCGAGGCUCCACAUCGGAUUCCCUGUACUCAAUGCUAGCAUCCGCCCAUUUCAAGACAAUCCUCCGAGUGGGAUUCAUGGCAGCGGAUCUCCGACCCUCGGAAUAGCAAAUGACAUUAAUGUUGAUAUUUGGAACCCUGUAUCAAAUAAACUUAUUUUGUUUAACUAUUUUGUUGAUGGUUUACAUGGAAAGAUUCAUCUUGCGUUGAAAAUUCAGAGCCUUUGCAAAGCUGCAUUACAAAAGAACCUUCGCCUUGCUGUCAGACCUCGCAGCCCAUUUAUUACAUUCAUUGCAAGACUAGACUAUCAAAACGGCACUAUUCUAAUUUUGUCAGCUAUGCCGGAGAUCUUGCAGGAUGAUGUCCAAUUUAUUAUGCUUGGAUCAAGAGAUCCACUUGCUGAGAACUUGAUGAGACAGACUGAGUCUUGUUAUGGUUAUUACUUCCGGGGUGCGUUGGAUACACUGAGCCUAUGGCUCACCAAAUUACUGCUGAUUAAAGUGGAACACUUUUUGUUGAAAGUUUUGAUAGAUUUUACUAUUGAAGAUGAAUGUGGCACUGGUUGGGCAUUUUUGCUGUAUUCAAAGGAGAGCAUUACGGACAACAAUAAAAACAUACAGCGAGCACAAAUCUACUUAAAAGAGACUAAUGAAGCGAGGAAUGAUGAAAGAUUUACAUGGGAUAGUGCUACUGCUCAAUAUGAGCGGAUCAUGCAGUGGGCUUUCACUGAUUUACCAUAUGUUGGAUGA